AUGUCGGAAGAAAACCAGAAUAAAGACCCCAUCCCUAGUGACACUGUUGUCACGACAGGAGAGGAGGGCCAUGAAGAGGAGGAGGAGAUCUCAGCGAUGAAGAAGCGCGUGGCGGAAAUGGAAGAGGAGGCUGCGAAGCUUAGAGAGAUGCAGGCUAGCCUCAACCAACAAGCCCACGAGACUUCGGAAAACAAGGAGGACGUCGACAACCGGAGUAUCUUCGUCGGCAAUGUCGAUUACUCGGCAUCUCCCGAGGAGAUUCAGGCUCACUUCCAGAGCUGUGGGUCGAUUAACCGCGUUACCAUUCUGCUGGACAAGUUUACUGGCCAACCGAAGGGCUAUGCGUACGUCGAGUUUACGGAACCGAGUCUGGUAGCCCAAGCCCUUGUCCUAAACGAGAGCGUCUUCAAGGGAAGGAACAUCAAGGUCGUUCCCAAGCGGACCAACAUACCCGGUAUGGGCCGAGGCCGCGGCCGCGGUGGAUUCCGCGGUGGACGUGGCUUUUUCGGCGGCCGGGGCUUCCCUCGAGGAGGCGGCUAUCGUGGUGGCUACCGAGGCCGUGGAAGGGGGUUCACGCCCUAUUAG